AUUAAGAGUUUCUUCGACCAAACGUGUUUUACAGGCGGAGCAGCCAACAAAAGUCAAAACACGAAAGCAAGGCAGCUGCAUAUAAUACCAAUACAAGAACAGAAUUAGGAUCAAAAUCCAAAACCCAACACAAGUGGAGGUGAGAUGGACGAAAUCGAGGAAAUGGGUCCGAUAUCCGAUGGUUCGAAUCCUCCUCCGCAACCCAAAGCGAGGAUGAAGGUUCCAGAAGUAGAGGUCCGGCUGUACCGACAAGGCAAAGGUCCGAUCGACUCGUUCAAGUCAUGCCUCGGGGGUUGGGACCAGAACCAGUUGGAGGUUCAAGACAUUCUCGACAAAUACGGCUUCAAAUCCCUUUACGCCUUCAAUCCCCAGUCGGGUCGCGGCGUCCCCAUCCGCUUUAACCCCCGCAACGGACGCUCCAUGCUGCCCUAUAGAGACGGAUCCGAGGUUUACAUCGACGGCGAGCCCAAGGAUUCCUUGAUCAAACCAGUGACAAAGAUCUUGCUUGGAGUAGCUGUUAUGACUAUCCUGAUAACAUUGGUUAUGAAGGAUCCUCCAGAGUUCAUCCAAAAAUUUAAUUUUUUUGGGGGGAACUUCCCUCCUUGGAUCCUUGCUCUUGUGGUAAUAGUUUUUACACGAAUGAGGAAGAGAACCAGGGAUUUCCUGAAAAAACUUGGUUGGUGAAAGGUGACAUUGAUGCUUUUACCUAUAAGGCCUGUUAGUUUCUCUGUUUAUUCUCAAAUUUUGUUAAAACAAUGACUCGUGAUCGCUGAAUUUUAAUUUGAAGUAUCUGCUGAGUGGUUUUUGGUUA